AUGUCAAUGUCCCGAGAAUCCUUUGUAUUCGGCGAAUUGAGACCACUGUGUAUUGAUGUAUCACGUCUUUCAUUCCAGCCAAAGGAGACCUUUGAUCCACAAUCUACGCCCUUACAAGAUGCCCUCAAGAAUCUCGAGAACAAAUUAGCAUCAUACACAGAUGAGUUGAGUACAAAAUUGGCAGAUUAUGUGUUCGUUCCAAUAUCCAGUCUUUUGAAACAGGAUUCUCUGGGUAAAUCUCAAACCAAUUAUGUGUUAUUAAUCAUCGCUCAUCUGCUGCGACUGGCCUGGAGAAGUGAUGGAACUUUAGGGAAGACAUUGGCUCAACAACUUUUGCCAUUGAUAACAUUUCUGAUAAACCCAGAUAAAGAUAAUGAGUCGCUAAUUGGAAGUUCUGAGGACGAUAAGAAGGCCGCUUGCAGCGCUUUAUUCCAAUUUAUUACAUCGUUAAGUCAUCAAUCAUAUUGUCACGAAUUCUUCUCAGCGAGUGAUCCGAAUAGACUCAAUGCUUUAGGUCACAGCGUAUCUAUUCUGCUUGCCAUUUUAAAGCAGAGCUCACAGGAUAUGAAGACGCAAUUGAUUGCCAUAGGUGCGCUUCAGAUCCUGUACCGGGAGAUCAUACAUGAUGGUGAAAUGCUUUCGUUUAUCUUACCUGGAAACAUCUCUACAUUUUGCAAGGUUUUGACAAUGCCAGGAAUGAACACGAACUAUAAAGUGGUAUUGAGCACUCUCGAUGUCAUGGGAGAUCUGUUGUUACUUAUUUAUGACGAUACUAGCUUAAACGCUGUUCAGCACGAACUGAAAGACUUAAAGCAGUUGAACUCCAUCGCAGAUGGCAAAGGGGAUUCUACCUUUGGCCUUGUUAAAAUCAAUAACUCAGGCGGGGCGGAGCCCCGUCAACAUCGUUCAACGAGUUGGCUACGUGGGACUUCAUCGCAGGUCAAAUUAGCCUUAGAGAAAAUACUUCCAAAGCUACUCAAAAGGAACAAUUGGGAAAUCUCUGCAGCAUUGGUAAAGUUUGCUUCAGCGAUGCUAGAAAGAUGCCACAAUUCUCUCCAGAACUGUGAGAAUCUUUUCGUUAAAGUUUUGGUAGAGGUAAGGACGGAUCCCAAAUUUCAAUUGGCGUCUCACGUAGCCUGUCUACGAAAUAUCGUGAGGGAUGGAUUCGACCAAUUAAACCAAUGGGUCCAUAUUGAGGAUGGAAAUGCGCUCAAGUCCUUGAACUUUGCAUUAAUCUCACUCCGAGAUGUAGCUCCAAAGGACGACGUGUUGUUCAUCGAAAAUGUCUGCUCAACGCUUAUAGAGACUCUAGAAACAACAACCGAGGUUUCAGCUCUGAAGAAACGCGAGUACAGUAUAAUAGAGCAAAGCAGUCAGGUUAUACUGAAUGAUGCACUUAACCAAGAACUGAUACGCGCAGAUGGAAUGCCAACAGUUCUCACGAAUAUCCCAAAAAAAGUUGAGGUUUCGUUGGGUCGUAUCUUGUCGACUUUGGGCUCACUAGCUCACAAGCAUGGUCAGUUAACUUCCUUGAUUGAUGCGGUUCUAUCUACCCAAACAUGCGAAGGUAGCUCUCGAAAGACGAUUGCAUUGUGGGUAUCUUCAUGGCUAGUCUCAGGUAUUAGCGAGACAAGCUUGAAAUUAGAAACCGAUUACUUGAAUAUCGACAGUGACGAGAUUUUAGACAAAGAAGCAUGCUAUGACGUUCUAGAAUUUGGCAGUGAUUUGGCACAAACAGUAGUGAUGCAAACGGAAGGAGUAGGACUAACAGCAUCUUCGGAAAGGUCUUUGAUCGUCGUGCUUCAAUCGAUUGAGCUCGUAUGCAAUAGUUUGAAAGAAGAAUUCUCAUCCGAACUUAUGGAUUACCUGUACAUUGUUGUGGAGAAUUUGGGCUCUUCAUCUCCCAAAGUCCGUCAUUUUGCUCAAUCGUGUGCCCUAACCAUAUCUCAUGUAUUGUACAAUGAUUCUUUACAGCAGUUGAUCCUGAGCAAUGUCGAUUAUCUUGCGGACUCGAUUUCUUCGAGACUAAACUCUGGUAUGACGGAACGAGUUAGUACAGUGUUCAUGGUUAUCUGCCGGAUAGCCGGUUAUGAGACGAUUGAGAGUUUCAAAGAUAUCAUUGAGACAAUUUUCAAGCUUUUAGAUUAUUAUCAUGGGUACAGCGAGAUGUGUCUUCAAUUCUUUCAACUUUUUGAAGUGAUAGCCCUGGAAAUACAGAAAAAGUACCUAUCGACUAAUGAUGAAGAAUCAAGAUUAACCCAAGAGCACAAGUCCAAUUGUGGUGAUGCGCCUUGGGGUAUGACGAGUUUGAAUCAAGUUUUAGCUGUCAUGGAUAAACAAAGCACUAAGGAUGACGAAAUUGAAUCCUUGGAGGCGGAUAAACCUAAGAACUUCCAGGAAUAUUUCGAUUCGAAAUUGAGGGAACUAGACAGCGAUGACGAAGAGGAGAGUGAACAAGAGAAUAUCGGAGAUGAGCCGGAAUUAGUAGAAGGUGAAGCAAAAGAAGACCAAUGGGUUUCCCCAAUCCCACGAAAAUCCUAUAAGAUUUUAUUACAAAUUCUUGGAUAUGGUGAUCGUCUCUUAACUCACAGAUCAAAAUCCCUUCGAGUUCAAAUCCUGUGUUGUACGAAGCUGAUUCUACCCAUGCUAGCUACGCAAUAUGACUCUCUUCUACCUCAAGUUGCACAAAUUUGGAACACGCUGGCGCUCUGCUCACUGGAUAAUGACUUUUCAAUCGUGAAACCCGCUUGCGAUUGUCUUCAAGAAGUAAUACUCUGCGCUGGUGACUUCGUUACUACACGUUUCCUUGAAUUAUGGAAGACUUGGAAAGAUAAAUCUGGGCUACUGAAGGAGCUAAAGCUCAAUAAUCAAGACUACGCAGAAGCUUUUACUUCUUUGGUACCGCAUAGGAAAUUCCCUACCAUCACGGAAAUGGCCCUCACAUCAUUGUCAAAAGUGCUUCUAGAAGGCAUACUCGCAGCAGGGCUAAUGCUACCGGAUACCACUGCGAGAGAGAUGGUGACCUGCUGCAUACAAAUCCUUCCUACAGAGUCCAUAGCUUCCAGAUCACUCAUGUUGGGCGAUAUGGUAUUCGCAAUCACUCACGAAGUAUAA